CAGCUGACAUGCCGCGACUGCUCUCCACAGCGCUGUCAUUGCGUCGCGACCCUCGGCUGCUUAAGAUACCCCCAUACGUGUCUGCCCUCUGCAUCGUCAUUGGCGUCGUUUGGCUGCUUCUGCUGCCCCUGGACAACUAUUCGAGGCGGACCUACGUAUCGGAGAACGCUCUUCUGCCUGGCCAGGUGCACACGUACUUUGGAGGCAGCGAGCAACACAUCUUCAGAGCAUUCAGGCACGAGGUAGACCUGCUAGCCAGUAAGAGCAACUACGAGGUCAAUGACAAGCUGGAAACCAUCCUGACCGGCUUCGGAGUCAAAGUCGGCCGACAGAACUAUACCUAUCACUCGGCCGGGGAGAUUUACAGCGGCGAGAAUGUGUAUGGCAUCUUGCAAGCUCCUCGGGGCGACGCUACCGAGGCCAUCGUUCUCGUGGCUGCAUGGAAGAGCAUAGAUGAACAACUAAAUCGCAAUGGUGUUGCGCUCGUCCUCACUCUAGCUCGCUAUUUCAAACGCUGGUCGUUAUGGUCAAAGGACAUAAUUCUUCUACUACCUCCGGAUAGUACAACCGGCACGCAGGCUUGGGUCGACGCAUAUCAUGAUGCGCAUGAUCCCGAACAAAUCGCGCCAUUGCCGCUCAAGUCCGGCGCGCUCCAGGGAGCUCUCGCGAUCGACUAUCCUCGUGAGGAGCGAUAUCACGAACUGCACAUCAUCUACGAUGGUACGAACGGCCAGCUGCCCAAUCUUGACCUCAUCAACUCGAUUGUCAACAUCGCAGGUGGUCAGAUGGGCAUUGAAACUACCGUCCAGCAGAUGGCUGGUCAUACUGAUAGCUAUCACGACCGACUGCAAACAAUGCUUCGUGGCAUGCUCUAUCAAGGCCUUGGGUACCCGACAGGCCCCCAUAGUAGCUUCAUCCCCUAUCAUGUCGACGCCGUAACUCUGCAGCCCAACGGCCAAGGAUGGCACGACGAGAUGGCGAUGGGCAGAGUCGUGGAGGGAUCUUUCAGGAGUCUCAACAAUCUCUUGGAACAUCUGCACCAGAGCUUUUUCUUCUACCUUCUUAUGCAGAAGAAUCGCUUUGUUAGCAUUGGCACAUAUCUUCCUUCCGCUAUGCUGCUUGCUGCCAAUUUCACCAUCAUGGCCAUCUUUCUUUGGGUGAAAAGUGGGCAACCGGCAGCCAAGAAAGGAGCCUCGGACGAGCCAAAGGCCGAGGAUCCGGAUCGCAAAGGCGUCGUCAAACAGACGCCUUGGCCCCCUUCUGCCGCAGAGCGGAACCUUCUCCCGCCGCUUGCCCUCGUUGCGACAUGCCACGCCAUCUCUGCGAUUCCAUUGUUCAUCUUCAACCACCUUGACAUCAAGACCUUGCCGCUGGCGUUUGCAGUAUUCUCUGCGUCGUCCACUGCCCUUCCAGCCGUCUUCUCCUUCGCCGCUGCCUCGCUCCACAAGCCCACCUCGCAAUAUCUUCAGCUUACAAAAUCCUUCUCGCUGUUGAUUCUCGGCGUAUCCCUCGCCACGCUCAGUACACUCAAUUUCUCACUCGCUUUUCUGGUCGGGCUUCUGGCUGGCCCUCUCACUUUCAUCCAACCUACCAACAACCGGCCUAUUAGUUUGAUUUUCGCAGCACUGUUGAUCUUGACUUCACCACCUGUUGUGAUUUCAACUGCAACAUGGACUAGCGGCCUCACCAUGUCGGAGGUGUUGAAAGCUGCCAGCUUUGGUUGGAACGUGUGGGGGAUGUACACACCAGUCGUUAUAUGGUGUGUGUGGUGGCCCGCCUGGCUCAUUGGCGCGACAAACACUCUGAGUCCUGUUUCUUAG